AUGACUCUCCAACACGACACCCAGGCUGUGACAAGCAGCACAGGCCCACCUACCCCUUCUGCCAAGCCGGACAAGAAUGAAACCUGGGAAGAAAUAGGAGCACGUAAGAGGGCGGCACUCCUGGCUUCCAUACCGGAAGAGUGGCGCGUGCCGGCGGAACUGCUGCCUCCAGACUCUCAAGACGAUGUGACAACAUGGCCAACGACUUCUGGCUGGUUCACGGCUGAAGAGCUUGCCAUCACCGAGCUUACUGCUUCCGAGCUUGUCCCAAAAAUCGCCUCUGGUGCUCUUCAGUCUGUCACUGUCACCAAAGCAUUUUGCAAAAGAGCAGCAGCUGCGCACCUGCUUACGAAUUGUCUCUCCGAAACAUGUUUUUCUCGUGCACUGGAGACAGCCAAGGCCCGUGAUGAACAUCUGGCUCGCACGGGGAAGCCUGUCGGGCCACUGCACGGGCUACCCGUAUCAUUGAAGGACAACUUCAACCUCAAAGGUCUUGAUGCCACGGUGGGAUUCGCCAGCCAUGUCGACAAUCCGGCAGCCUACGACUCCACGCUGGCUACCAUACUUGAGGAGGCCGGCGCUGUAUUUUACGUGAAAACGAAUGUGCCCACCGCGAUGAUGAUUGCCGAGUCUGUUAACAACGUCUUCGGCCGCACUGUCAAUCCGCGCAAUAGGCAGCUGACCUCCGGCGGGAGCAGCGGCGGUGAAUCCGCCCUGAUCUCGUUCAAGGGUAGCUGCCUGGGUGUUGGAACGGAUAUUGGUGGUAGUCUUCGAAUCCCCGCGGCUUGCACUGGGAUCUUCACGCUGAGGCCCAGCUUUGGGCGUUUCCCGACACUCAAAUGCCGAAGCGGCAUGAGCGGCCAAGAAGCAGUGCAGAGCGUGAAUGGGCCCAUGGCGAGGACGAUCGAUGACAUUUUGCUUGAAGCUCGGACGGUCGUGGACGCGCAGCCGUGGCUCCAUGACCCGCGCAUGCUUCCCAUUCCAUGGAGAGAUGAGAAUCUGCCCGAGAAAUUGAAGAUUGCAGUGAUGUGGAACGAUGGAGUUGUAACCCCGACGCCUCCGGUCUUGCGAGCUCUUCGAACAACAGUGGAGAAGCUGCAAGCGGCAGGACAUGAAAUAGUGGCCUGGGAUCCAAAGGAUCAAGCCCAGGGUGUAAGUCUCUUGGGGCGCAUGUUCCUCGCAGAUGGAGCGAUUUCCAUCCGUAAAGAACUUGACCGUACUGGAGAACCUAUGCGGCCCGAGAUGCAGGACUAUGCGAACGCAAAAGAGCUGGGGACUUACGACAUGUGGCAACUCCACCUUGAAAGAACAGAAUUUCAGAAGCGUUACUUGGAUAGGUGGAAUGACGCGGGAAUUGACGCAAUUCUUUGCCCAACGACGCCCUACAGCUCUGUACGGAGCGGGGGUUUCAAGUAUGUUGGUUACACCGGGGUCUUCAACGUGCUGGACUAUUCUUGCAUCUCUUUCCCGACCGGAAUCUCGGCAGACAAGCAGAUCGAUGUGCCCUUGCAGAAUGGACAUGAGCCAUUGAGCGCGAUCUGCAAAACAACUCAUGCUGAAUAUGAACCGGAUGUUGUUAAUGGAAUACCUAUCAGUCUGCAGUUGGUUGGUCGGAGAUUGCAGGAAGAGAAGGUUAUAGCAAUGGUCCAGCGGGUUUUGCAGACCCUGUCAUAG